AUGCCCGAAUCCGACGCCACGCCCGAGGCCGCCGACAUUCUCGACCCGGACGCCGUGCCCCAGGACCCCAUCAUGGCCGUCUCCGCCAUCACAGUCAAUGUCAUCCGGGACGCCAGCAUGGACGCCAUGGAUGUGACCUACGAUAUGACCGGCGCCGUCGCCAUGCUGGCGCCCCCAACAAGUUCGAAAUGGUCAAUAUGCCCGCAUCCCCACUCGGACGGCCAUACACACGGUUUUGAGCAAGCCCCAAUGUACUCAAUGCUCCCGUUCCAGUAUGACCGGUACUCUUGUGGCCCUCGACUAGCCUGGCACGGACGCGAUAUCCGUGGCCCCCAACUAGGCCGACUCGAACUUCAUGACCCCGUGCCCCGUCCGCCCGACGAAGACGCCAUGUCGAUUCGCUAUCAGCGCAACAUGCUGGCGAUCGAAUGA